AUGGGUCCCCAAAUCUUCGACCACCAUUCCACUGUAUUCAGACACAACCAUCUCCAGCUGCUCUCCCGGCCUGCUACAAACUCUGUCAUUGCCUUCUUCCCCACUGGAAACAACUCUGACCAAAUCGGGUUUGUUGAGGUGUCUUUUUUGCAAGAUUCUAAGUUAAAUGUUAGAGACAAAGGAAGAGAUGGUCAGAUUUUCACGUCAGACAGACAAUUUAACCAUCGGAUUGAGAGAUUGUUGGUUAAUCCUUUGGCAUAUUCUGGUAAUUCUUCUACUGUGGGGUAUCUUUUGGCUUGUACAAUGUACUCUGUUCAUUGGCUUAGUGUUAGAAUUGGAGAGCUUGGUGUGGAUACUGGGAAAGCUACUUUAAGUUUUUUGGGUAGUAAGUUGUUCAGGAGUUGUUCUGUUGUGUAUGCUUGUUGGAGUCCACAUUUUCCUGAAGAGAGCCUGGUACUGCUGGAGAGUGGUGAAAUGUUUUUGUUUGACGUAGAUUCUUGUUCUAAUGGAAGCUUUAGUGGGAAGAAGCUGAGAGUGCCGUGGGAAGAUUAUGCUAGUUUGGGUGAUGGCCAGUGGCUGAGCUGUGAAUUUAGUUGGCAUCCAAGAGUUUUGAUUGUCUGCCAUUCAAGUGCGGUUUUUCUUGUUGAUUUGAGAUGUGAAGGAUUCAAUGUGAGUUGUUUGCUGCAAAUUGAUGCAUUGGAUUCUGAUGAUUUUUGUUUUGUGGUGGCCACUAGUUGUUUGUUGCUUGUUUUUGAUGUGCGGAAGCCACUGGUGCCAUUGUUGCAAUGGACACAUGAUCUUUCUAGCCCAUCUUACAUCAAUGCGUUUCCAUUGUCUGAUGUGAGGUCACAUUACAAGAAUGAUCGUUUUAAGUGGGCUUCUGACUCAGGCCACUGCAUUAUAUUGGGAUCAUUUUGGCACUCUGAGUUUAGUAUUUUUUGCUAUGGACCAACCCUUGGAGGAACUGUUGCUUCCGAAAUUUCAAGAUUUAGCAAAUCAUAUUAUGCAUGGGAACUCCCUUCAGAGUUCUCCCUGUCUGGUCGUGAGUGUCACUGCGGUAGCUGUCUUUUGAGAGAAGAGUUCUCAAAGGAUGCCCUUCCUGAAUGGAUUGACUGGCAGCAAAAAAAAGAAAUAGUUUUAGGGUUUGGCAUUCUUGACAAAGGCCUUCAUGCCAAGUUGUCUGAACCAGACGAGUUUGGUGGGUUUACCCUGAUUAGGCUGAUGUCCUCCGGAAAGCUUGAAAUGGAGAAAUACUGUGCCUCAUGGGAAUUCAUGAAAGUGCUGAAGGAAGGGCACAAGGAGUCAUCUCUUCCAGAAGGUACUCUUCUGUAUGCUAUGGGCGAUCAAGGUUAUAAUUUUCCCAAGAGAUUUAAAUACCUUAAACUUGACUACCUCUAUGCGUAUAUGAAAGGUAAUCUCGACAAACUUCUGUUUACAAAAGCGAAAAAGCGUAUAUAUGGUCAGUUCAUGGCAUCUGGCUUCAGUAGUUUAAGAUCAUAUCCUGCUGUUCUUGAUAUGCUUAAAGACAUCCGACUACUAAGCAGCAUACACGAGGUUGCUUUGAAGAAAAUUUAUGCAGGCUUCCCUGCCAAUCUUAAGCAGCUAGCUUUUUGUUGCUACUCGGAGCUCGAUGAAGUCCUUGUAGAUGAUAAGAAGGUGUCCUUGGAAUUUCUAGAUGUUCCCAGCCAGCCUCAGUUGCCUCCUUAUGUCUUCCGGAGACCUUCAUCCCGAAGCAGUAAGUGGACGCAUAAAGUGCAGCCUGGUGUUGCUUUGGUGGGUCCGGUUCUUCCUACGCCUGUUCUGCUUAGUCUUCACAAGCUACAUAACAAAGAAGGCGAUGUCCUCUCUGCUAAUGUUGAACUAAGGAACCAAUGCAAUGAAGUCAUACAUGUGGCUAGUGAAAUGUCUUUAACAGGUGCUGCCACCGUUGUUCACAAUGACCAUGCUGUUUCCCUUGCUGACGACACAGAUGAAAUGCCUUACAGCACGAUAGAUAAACCCACUCUGUUCUGUUUACACAAACCGGCUGCUUUUGCUAACGAGCUAUCUACAGCGGGAUCGGUAGAGGAAAGUUUUGUUGGUGGCGAUGAGAGAUUUACAACCUUUAUUUCCAAAACACCUAAAAGGGAGCUUGUCCCUAACUCUGAAAUGGAGAUGGCGGGACCAGAACUGUUCAAAUCUCUGUCGCCAGUAGAGUUGGAGUUUGAUGAUUGUGCAAUGCCUUUUGGGCCAAAUGAACUGAAAGCUUUCAAAUUGUUGAGGAGACAGUACUCAAAUUUUUUACACGGUUUUAGUGCAUAUCAAGAAUGUCUUGAUAGCUCUAACUUCCAGAGACGGUAUAUUUGA